CUCCUUCUGGGUGCUCUCCCAGCAGCAGCCAGACCUCCCUCAGCUCUGCCCGCCUUCCCUCCUGCUGCUGGCCAAGCCCAUUAAGCUGCUACCUCAGCCACAACUGAAGGCCCCACGCCCCCGGAGGAAACCACUGAAGAGGCGUCCCUGCUGCCCGGGCACCCCAAACCAUCAAUUAAUGUUAACGAGGGGAGGGCUACUCACGGCCUAAAGACCCCCAUCCGGGCUCAGGGGAGGGAGGCCCCGCCCCCACGACGCAGGAGCUUAAAGGGCCUGGGGCCAGCCCAGAGCCAGAGUGCCCAGAUGGCGAGCGGGAGCGGGAGGAUCACCAUCCAGCUGGUGGAUGAGGAGGCGGGGGCCGAGGGCCUGCAGCUCUUUCGGGGCCAGAGCUAUGAGGCCAUCCGGGCAGCCUGCCUGGAUUCGGGACUCCUGUUCCGCGACCCUUACUUCCCUGCUGGCCCUGAUGCCCUUGGCUAUGACCAGCUGGGGCCGGACUCAGAGAAGGCCAAAGGGGUGAAAUGGAUGAGGCCUCAUGAGUUCUGCGCUGAGCCCAAGUUCAUCUGUGAAGACAUGAGCCGAACGGACGUGUGUCAGGGGAGCCUGGGUAACUGCUGGUUCCUCGCGGCUGCCGCCUCCCUCACUCUGUACCCCCGACUCCUGUGCCGGGUGGUCCCUCCUGGACAGGGUUUCCAACAUGGCUACGCAGGUGUCUUCCACUUCCAGCUCUGGCAGUUUGGCCGCUGGGUGGACGUCGUGGUGGACGACAGGCUGCCCGUGCGUGAGGGGAAGCUGAUGUUCGUGCGCUCGGAACAGCGGAACGAGUUCUGGGCCCCGCUCCUGGAAAAGGCCUAUGCCAAGCUCCACGGCUCCUAUGAGGUGAUGCGAGGCGGCCACAUGAAUGAGGCGUUCGUGGACUUCACAGGCGGCGUGGGGGAGGUGCUCUACCUGAGACACAAUGUCCCGGGCCUCUUCUCGGUCUUGCGCCACGCCCUGGCCAAGGAGUCCCUUGUGGGCGCCACUGCCCUGAGUGAUCAGGGCGAGAUCCGUACAGAGGACGGGCUGGUGAAGGGCCACGCAUAUUCGGUCACAGGCACACACAAGGUGUCCCUGGGCUUCACCAAAGUGCGGCUGCUACGGCUGCGGAACCCGUGGGGCCGCGUGGAGUGGACCGGGGCCUGGAGCGACAGCUGCCCACGCUGGGACGCACUCCCCACCGAGUGGAGAGACGCCUUGCUGGUGAAGAAGGAAGACGGAGAGUUCUGGUUAGUUCCUCGGGGCCCUGGGGAGCGGCAGGAGGAGGAACUGAAUGCCCCUCAGCUGCAGACCCUAUUAAGCAUUGCCAUGGAGCCCGCAAGGGCCCACACCCGAACCCCCGGAGAGAUCGGACUCAGGACCUGUGAGCAGCUGCUACAGUGUUUUGGGCACGGGCACAGCCUGGCCCUGCACCACUUCCAGCAGCUCUGGGGUCUCCUCCUGGCGUGGCAGGCCAUAUUUGACAGGUUCGAUGAGGAUGCCUCUGGAACCAUGAACUCCUACGAGCUGAGGCUGGCACUGAACGCAGCAGGUUUCCACCUGAAUAACCAGCUGACCCAGGCCCUUACCAGCCGCUACCGGGACAGCCGUCUGCGUGUGGACUUUGAGCGCUUUGUGUCCUGUGCGGCCCAGCUCACCUGCAUCUUCCGCCACUGCAGCCAGCACCUAGAUGGGGGUGAGGGGAUCAUCUGCCUAACCCGCAGACAGUGGACAGAGGUGGCCACCUUCUCCUAGGACCUCAGCCCGGACACCGACGGCUCGGGGCGGGGUAGAGCAAGAGCUCCUGCUUCCAGCCCCGCUCCUCUCUGCUUGGCCAGCUGGGUGCAGCUCUCUGCACCGCGCUGUCUUUCCCUGGAAACAGGGAGGGCAGGAGCACCUUUCCUAAGCAGAGUGCGAGUGUGUGGCCACUCUACCCACUCAGAACCAUGCUGGACCCAGAGGGGCUUCUGGCACCCUUUGCUGUUUACACAUGCACGGGGUGAGCCUCUUGCUCUGGGAAGAUGUGCUCUGCCAUUGCUCUCCUAGGAAAUGGAGGACACCGACAGGAGAGAGAAAAAGAGAGGACGCUGCGGAAAUCCUUCUUAAAAAUAUUACAUGUUUUAUUAUCCUGUCCCCCAAAGGGUGGUUUAUCCAGAAACCGAGAAAAAAAUAAUCAGAAUAAAACUCAAAAAGGGGGCAGGGGGCAAAACCAUCAACUACCAGGCAGCCAGGCCAGCAGCCCACCUCCACCUCAGGAGGGUCCCCAGAGACCCAAGCCCGCCACGGACCCACUGGGGAGUCAGGAGGGGGCAAAUCAGCUAUGACUUCAUUACGAGAGCGAGAGGCGGCAGACGCGUUGCUAGGUGAAUAUAUAUUUAUAUAAUAAAUCCGUAAGUUAAUAAAGUAAAUAGUAAUUCUC